AUGGUGCCAGCCACAGCAAUGCUGCUCAAUCAACUGCCGGUAUGGGUUGCUGCCACGCUUGCCACAUGGCUGGUGUGCUGGCUGGUGGUAAGUCCGGUAAGCUGUCACGAGGUGCCCGCCUGCACCCGGCACCUGAAGACCUACCCGGGAUCUUGGCAUGUGAUUUCCUGCGCCAUGCUGCUCACCAUGGUGAUGUACGAGGUGAUGAGCCUCAUUGCGACGUACAUGGGUGCACAGCACACACAGUCCUUGAUCCCGCACCUCAAAAGCAAGUGCUUGCCCACCUUCUUGCUGGCCCUCAUGUUCGGCGUUCUGGCCUCUGCGGAACGCCUCUUCUCCCGUGCGGACUGGACUGUGGCACAUGUCAUGCCCAGUCCAGACGGCCUUACCCCGGUGGGACGGCCUGUGUACACAUUGCAGUACAUGGAAUGGGGAAUCAACGUGCCCAUCCUGCUGAUCUUGGCUGGCUACUGCAGCAUGGGCCGACCCCUUCAGGAGAUCUCGCGGCCUCUGGUAGUCACCAACAUCUAUGUGAUUCUAUGCUGGGCGGCCACAGCGACGGAGAGCGCCGUGUUGAAGUGGUUGCUGAUUGCUGUGUCCUUCGCUAUGUACGGCUGGGCCUCUUACGACAUGCUGGGUUGGUGCGUAGCCUUCGAGCGAAGCGCUCCCAUGGAUUUACCCGCAAGGAGCAUUCGCCCAAUGCUCUCCUCCGGUUUGGUGCUGCACUUGCUGCUCUACGGGGUGGUCUACGUCGCUUCCACGGUCGGUUUCAUCUCAGCCCACUUGGAGCGGAAGUCUUUCUUCGCCUUGACCUUCGGCUCGAAACUCGCCUACAGCGCUGCAUUCGUCUUCAUCCGCGCGGACGAGUACCAUAAGACACUGACCGACGUACUGCGAAAGGUUUCCGUUUCGAACGUGGCGAUGGUCUCGAUUUUGCGCGGGAGCUUCGACAUCAUUCUGCCCUGUGUGCUGGAUGCUGGGGGCCGCUGCAAGCUGCCGAGCACACACUCUGGGGACAUGACUAAGCUGGAGAAGGUUCUGGGCUGCCCCAUCGCCGGCGCCAACCUGAAAGACUUGCUGGCCGGGGACCAGGACCGUGCAGACUUCUCCUCCUAUGUUCGGAAUGUGGUGCGCCAGGCCGACUGCCCCCAGUCCUUCAACGAGGCGACGCUAUCAACCCAGGGUUCGUGGACGUGUAAAGCGGACGCCAUGCCCCCCAUUGCACAGGUCCUGCACAGCAAGAUGCAGUGCAAGGUCGCCAGCGGCACACGUCUCGAUGCCACGAUCCACCUCUCGGUGGUGCCCCGUUCGGCUUUGAGCUUUGGGAAGGAACGUCAGCUAGUCGCUGCCAUCCAGUUCACCACGCCUACCAUGAACGAGGCCAAGGAGACAGAUGUGGGUGUGGUGGGCUUCGAAAGCUUCCAGGCCAAGAAAAGUGUGUCCUCGGGUGGCUCCACACAGCCCACCAGCGACACACGGUCCAACUCCGGGAUUGUCGCCAAUUUGGCCGACCUCAACAAGUUGGGCAUGCCGGGAAUGCUCGAGAGUUCGGAGGAGAAGACGAACGAGGACUCUGCCUCCCACUACUAUGGAGCAUCCAUGACCGACGAGACCAUGUCCCACCUUGCGGCAUUCACCAAGCAGGACAACUUCGGCCGCUUCAGCCAGGCUGCCUUCGACGCCCGCGUCGUGGGAGUUUGGGAGGGCACCGUCAACAAGGCUCUUGGAGGCUACCGCCAGCGCAUUGAGUUCUCUCACGACUGCAUUCAUGCGAACAUCACCGUCAUGGGCAAAACACUGGAGGCAUGCUUCCGCAUGGACUGCUCGAAGGACCCAUGCCACCUUGACAUCGAAGUCAUCCCAGCCGGCUCCAGCUGCCCUCCGCCGGCCAUUCCCUACAUUUUCAAGUUCGAGGGUGAUUGCCUCGUCCUCUGCGGUCCUGGCACCAGCAACCUCCAGCGCCCACGCAACUUCGACGGCAUUGGUCUCUGCGUGAUGGAGCGAGCGGACCCGUGCGGCGUUCCCAUGUCUCUGCGUCACAGCAAGGCUCCCAGCAAGGCGUCGGAACUGGAGCCAGACCCGGAGUUCAGCCGUAACACUACGGAGGCCACUGAAGCGCCGGAGUCUUCGGCCCAGCGCACAUUUAACAAGAACAUGCCCAAGAAGGAGCUUGACAUGCCGAAGCGGGCAAAGGCGGACAUGCUGGGCCUCAUGGAAUGGAUCGAGGACAUACUAGUAGCAUGCAGUGAUUUCGGUGUUCUUUCGCCUAGAGCCUUCGCUUAG